ACAGUUGGCUGCAUUGAGAGUUUGUAUGUCAAAAAGUGUCAAAUGUUAACCGCAAAAACAUAAAAAAUUAUCGUAAGUAAAAAGAAGUAACUUCACAAAAUUUGACGAUUGUAUUUGAUUCAACAUGACUCAAACGUACCCCACUGAUUGGGAUAUUGAAAAAUAUAGAGAUGAUACAGAUCUGGAAGAGCAUUGGCAACUGCGUAAAGAAUUUAUGAAAACUCACAAAGGUAACUUUCCCGAGGACUACCUUGUCGCAUUAGCCACAGCUUUUACAAAUAUUGAAUUUAUGGGCUGCAGUUAUCCAGCAGCAGUUAUGGCUAGAGUCGCAGAACUUUCAACAGAUGUAGCAAAAAAAUACAGAGAAGUAAAGAAAACGAAGUUACAACGAACGUUUGUUUCUGCCUCAAAUGCAGCAGAAAAUAAAGUCAAAAAAAGACAAUCUGAUCCAGGGACCUAUACAAGCAAUAAACGGGCACGACAAUGAUUAUUUUAAAUUUUCUUUAUUAAAUGUAAUAAAUAAGUCAUUUCUUUGAUGUAAAA